UUUAAGCAUUGUUUACGUCUGUCGUGAAAGUAGGUCACAGGACAGUGUGACAGUUAGCUGGUGGACGAAAUCCGCUUGCUUUUACAGAUACAUACAUUGCAGUGUCAUACUAACAUCUUUAGGUUUACGAGAUUCUAACGAUCGUAGUGGUAUCCCUAAAAGACAGGUGCGGAGGCUCCUGGUUGGCAUGUCAAGGCGGAGCAGAAACAGCAGGGCAUGGAGGUACGUGUGGAGUGGAAUCCGACGGGAUGCAGACGCAAGAGCGUUGGUGCUUGCCUCUGAGAAUGACGAGUGGGGUUUUGAUCGUCAACAGUACAGUGACUCUGAUUCUGAAGCCGAGUAUCCAGCCAUCGUUCCGGCGGUUCCGAGCGCGGUGCCUGUAACCGGAGAGUCAUACUGCAGCUGUGAUUCACAGAUGGAGCUCAGCUGUACCCCACGGCUCCGGGGUUACACACACAUGCGAGACUGCCACUGUGGAGAAGAUGACCAAGAUUUUGACUGGGUGUGGGAUGAGGGCAGCCGGUCGUCUGCUACGCUGCUGAGCAGUGAGAACAGGAAAGUGAGCUUCCACUCGGAGUAUAGCUGUGGAACGGCAGCCAUUCGCGGCUCCAAAGAACUCUCAGAGGGACAGCACUUCUGGGAGAUUAAAAUGACUUCCCCUGUCUACGGCACAGACAUGAUGGUUGGUAUUGGCACAUCAGACGUGAAUCUGGACAAAUAUAGACACACGUUCUGCAGCCUGCUGGGAAAAGAUGAAGACAGCUGGGGUUUAUCAUAUACAGGUCUGUUACAUCAUAACGGUGAUAAAGUGAGCUUUUCGUCACGUUUUGGACAGGGUUCCAUUAUUGGUGUUCACUUGGACACUUGGCACGGCACCCUCACCUUCUACAAAAACCGCAAGUGCAUCGGUGUAGCAGCUACAGAGAUGAAGAAUAAGCGCGUUUUUCCGAUGGCGUGUUCCACUGCUGCCAAAAGCAGCAUGAAAGUGAUUCGCUCGGUCUCCGCUGCCACCUCUCUACAGUACCUGUGUUGCUCACGCCUCCGCAGGCUGCUCCCGUCUGGAGUCGAUGCCCUGCGGGUCCUGCCCCUGCCGCCCGGCCUCAGACACCUUCUUCACUCCAAACUGGGAUGGGUGUUAAGCUUGGAUCAUACGCACAUGCACUCGAACACACACAUCCCACCAGGACCCUCCUCGGGCAGUGACUCUGAGGGCUGCUCCUCAGACCCCGAGGCCUGCCAGCGGAAACGUUGCCGCUGGACCUGAGGCUGCGAGUGCACAUCCAUUAUGCAUCAUUAUGCACACAUCAGAAAAUGACUCCGCAAAUAAAAAAAGAACCAACAUAUAUAAACACUGGAUGUGUGCUGUCAAUCACAACGGUGGAUGACAGGGCUUGCUGCAAGUUCAAGGUCAGUCAAGCCGGUUUUACUAGUUGCAUCACUGGUAAAUCUUCAUCUUUCAAGGCUCUAAAGGUAGUUUGCUCCAUCAGGUGACAUUUGGAUAUAUAUUGCAGUAUUCAAUCAUAAUCAGUUUUUAUUAUGUUGUGAACUCCGAGUGGAAAGAAGCCCCUCAGCUCUUCAGAAACAAGAUGUGAACCUCAUGAACCUGUUCUGACGUGGGGAACAAUAACAUGGCGUCAUCUGAAACGCAG